AUGCCGGUUCCCAGCAGGCACGUCAAUAUUGGCCGAUCGCAGAGCUGGGAUGCUGCUGGCUGGUACCAGGGACCCUGGGAGAACACCGAGGCCGCGCGCCCCCCAGGGAGGAGAAGCUCUUUGACGUAUGGCCCUGGAGAGGGGACCUGGUGCGAACCGCCAAUCCACCAAGCGCAGGACGCUGUCCUGCCAGGGCCCGCAGAACCCUACCUAUACCGGGAAGCCUUUUACAAUUCGCUGGCUGCAAGGAAGGGCUCUGCUCCUGACUUUACCCUCUACGACAGCAGACAGGCCGUGAUGUCUGGUCGCCACGCCCUGCUGCCGCGGGAUUACUAUGGCGACCCGUCCAGAGGAACUAGGGUGCCCAGGGAGCCGCCUUACUAUCGGGACGCAGGUAUCAACCGGCCCGUGCCCAGCUACGGAGUGCUCGGCAGCAGAGUGCCGUGGGAGCAUAUCCAAGGCCAGUUACCUGCCCUGCAGGACACCGGGCACCUGUACCAGGAUCCUGGGGGCAAAAUGAUGCCUCAGGGGCAGCGGCCACAGAGCAGGGCCCCGUCUCCUGGUCGGUAUGGAAGGGAACUGCCGGACACCAGGUUUGGGGCAGAGGGACCUGCCUACCCGCCAAGCCAGGUCUACAAUGAUGUUGGCGAAAGACCUGUGGAUUCUGCCCCUGUCAGACAGGUGGCCCCAACGUGCCUGGUCGUGGACCCUGGCUCGGCUGCUCCCUCUGAGAGCAGCACAGGGGUGACCCCUGGUCCUCUGAGUCGAGGCUACGGGCCUACUGGGGAAAGCGUCCAGUCUAAAGUGGCUUAUGAGAAUUAUGAAGCUGACCUGUUGGCGUUCCGGGGGCCCCUCGGCAAGAGGAAUGUGCUCCCUGAGUUCCUGGCCCUGCUGCAGGCAGAGGGGCUCACAGAGGCCACUCUGGCAGCCCUGCUGCAGCAAGGCUUUGACUCUCCAGCCGUCCUGGCCACCCUGGAGGAUGCGGACAUCAAGUCUGUUGCGCCCAACCUGGGCCAGGCCCGAGUCCUGAGCCGCCUGGCCAGCAGCUGCAGGACUGAGAUGCAGUUUCGGAGGCAGGACCAGGCAGGUCCCCUGCCCCGCACACGGUCCAGCAGCUUCAGCCACCGAAGUGAACUGCUGCCCAGUGACUUGGCUUCUCUGGGCACCGCACCCCUGCAAGCGGCACCCCCCCGGGCUGGAGACCUGGCUCGCCGCCCCUCCAGUGCACCCUCUCAGCAUCUCCUGGAGACGGCAGCCACCUACUCUGCCCCUGGGGUGGCCCCCCAAGGACCCCAAGUCUCCUCCAACUCUGGGUAUAGCUCUCCUACGCCUUGCACCCUGACCACACGGCUGGGCCCCACAUACCCCUCACAGGCUGGGGUGGCCUUGACUAACCCAGGCCCCUCGACCCCCCUCCACCCAGGCCCUAGAACAGCCUACUCCACCUCGUACACGGUACCCAUGGAAUUGCUGAAGCGGGAGCGCAGCAUGGCCGCCUCUCCACUUCCCAGCCCCCACAGCAGCCCCCAGCUCCUGCGGAAGCCUGGGGUCUCCAUGGAGUCAUCGACCCUGACGCCAGUCAGCCAAAGCCUGCACACACCUCAUUCACCAUACCAGAAGGUAGCCCGGCGGACUGGAGCACCCAUCAUCGUGUCCACCAUGCUCACACCGGAGCCAAGUAUCCGCCCCCAGAUCAUGAACGGCCCCCUGCACCCCCGCCCCUUGGUGGCACUGCUGGACGGCAGAGACUGCACCGUGGAGAUGCCCAUCCUGAAGGACCUGGCCACUGUGGCCUUCUGCGAUGCACAGUCCACUCAGGAGAUCCACGAGAAGGUGUUAAAUGAGGCCGUGGGCGCCAUGAUGUACCACACUAUCACCCUCACCAGGGAAGACCUGGAGAAGUUCAAGGCCCUGCGGGUGAUCGUGCGGAUCGGCAGUGGCUAUGACAACGUGGACAUCAAGGCUGCCGGCGAGCUUGGGAUCGCUGUGUGCAACAUCCCAUCUGCAGCUGUGGAAGAGACGGCCGAUUCCACCAUCUGCCACAUCCUCAACCUAUACCGCCGCAACACGUGGCUGUACCAGGCCCUGCGGGAAGGCACGCGGGUACAGAGUGUGGAACAGAUCCGCGAGGUGGCCUCAGGAGCGGCACGAAUCCGUGGGGAGACACUGGGCCUCAUCGGCUUCGGUCGCACGGGGCAGGCGGUUGCUGUUCGAGCCAAGGCCUUUGGAUUCAGCGUCAUAUUUUAUGACCCCUACUUGCAGGAUGGGAUCGAGCGGUCCCUGGGCGUGCAGAGGGUCUACACCCUACAGGACUUGCUGUAUCAGAGCGACUGUGUCUCCUUGCACUGCAAUCUCAAUGAACAUAACCACCACCUCAUCAAUGACUUUACUAUAAAGCAGAUGAGGCAAGGGGCAUUCCUUGUUAAUGCAGCCCGCGGUGGCCUGGUGGACGAGAAGGCCUUGGCGCAGGCCCUUAAGGAGGGCAGGAUACGAGGGGCAGCCCUUGAUGUGCAUGAAUCGGAGCCCUUUAGCUUUGCUCAGGGUCCUUUGAAAGAUGCACCAAAUCUCAUCUGUACCCCCCACACGGCCUGGUAUAGUGAACAAGCAUCACUUGAGAUGAGAGAGGCAGCUGCCACAGAGAUCCGCCGAGCAAUCACAGGUCGCAUCCCAGAAAGCUUAAGAAACUGUGUCAACAAGGAAUUCUUUGUCACAUCAGCUCCUUGGUCAGUAAUAGACCAGCAAGCAAUUCAUCCUGAGCUCAAUGGUGCCACAUACAGGUAUCCGCCGGGCAUAGUAGGCGUGGCUCCGGGAGGACUUCCUGCAGCCAUGGAAGGGAUCAUCCCUGGAGGCAUCCCAGUGACUCACAACCUCCCCACGGUGGCACACCCUUCCCAAGCUCCCUCUCCCAACCAGCCUACAAAACAUGGGGACAAUCGAGAGCACCCCAACGAGCAAUAGCAGAGAAUGCUGAAAGGUAAUCAUUCAGAUAAACUUGGGACCAAGAGACAGUGAAAAUGGAUGAACUAAGAGAAGGAAUUUGACAGUCUUUUUAACUGACCCUGGACAUAUGCAUCGUUGGUGUUGCAGUGUUAAAAGCUACAAGAGCUAGAAAACUGAAGAUGUCGUCUGCUUCCGGAAGCGCUGAAAGAAUAGGACGUGAUUUAUUAACGACCAACUUCUGUUAUUGUGUGUUAAGUUUUCCAUCUGUGCAUCAAAUCACAAAGAAUAAAUAGAGCUUUUUCCUUUAUCAGUUCCUUGGGCACAGCAGGUCCUGAGCACCUUGCUCUAGAAUGUUGCAUCAAGAGUUCCAAACAUCAAAAUAAAAAAAUAUUAAGAGGAAAUCCCCAUCUUAUGACUCUAGUCCCUUUGGUCUACAGGGGCUUGUUACCUCUUUUUGCUAAUAGGAAGACAAAAUUGCUACAAAAAUGGGGAAAAAACUGUUUGCCUGUGUUAGACACCUGCACGCAUAGGAUUGAAGACAGUACAGGCUCCUGUACAGAAGUGUCUCCCUCACAGCUGAACUGCAUACCGAGCAGGCAAGUUGGUUGUAAGUUCAGUUGUACCCUCUGAUGAUGCAAAAAAGAAAAAAAAAAGAAAAAAGAAAAAAGUAUUAAGUUUCACAAGCUGUUUGUACUCAAAUAUAUUUUCUCAGUUUCAGAUCCUCAGCUAUUUUAUUGAGUGGAAAGUCUUGAACUGCUAAGGGUUCAAGAAUAAUGUUGCAUUUCCUUAUGUCUCAGGAAACACUUUUUAUGGUAACUUGUCAGAUUGUCUAUGAACAAACCCACUUUUUUAGACAUUGAUAAAUUCUUUUCUUCACGUGAUAUUUUAUACAAGAACACUUCAGAUGUGUUAUUAGAUGUGACUGAUUUUAACAAAUCCUAUUAGAUUUGUAUCAACUAGUUACAUGUUCUAUUCAUAGUCUUUUGUGAAUCAUUGCCUUUUUGUUUAAAAAGAUGGCCUAUUUUGAGCCUUUGUAUAGGUACAUUCCUGUUUUUGUGACAAAAGAAAAACUUUAACCUGUCCCAAAAGGAAAAAUGGCUAUCAGAAGUAUGUUUUGUUUUAGUGUGAGUUACCGUUACUGUACUUGUUUAUUGUAAAAGGUGGACAUUUAGCGUUCAGUGCAGUUUUCAAUAAAAAGUAAUUAAAAUUUCUGCUAA